AUCCUGCUGCCUUGGCCUUCCAAAGUGCUGGAUUACAGGUGGGAGCCACUGUGCCCGGCUCUGUAUCCUGCCCUCUAUACCUUUGGAAUGUGCCAGAAUUAAAACUCAGAGGGCUUGAGGCCUGCACCACUAUAUGGCUGUAUGACUUUGGAUAAGUUACUCAAUUUGUCUAAACCACAAUUUAGAGGAUAUUCACCUGUUUCACAGGAUUAAUUAAAAAUUAAGAUAAUAUUUUAGAAUUUUCUUGGUAAACUCAGCAGUUAUAAAUAAUAGUGAAUUUGGUAAAUUCUUCACUACAGGGAUGUCUGUGAAGGCAGGCAGGAGUGUGUUAUACUUCGCUGUCUUAGUAAAUGUUCACUGCUCUUUGUGUUCUGUGCCAGCACUUAUCACAGAGCCUCACAGAGUCAAUUUUCAGUAAUUUUGCCAGCUGAGUUGAAGUAAAGUAGGGAACUGGUAGAGGACAGAGCCGUGAUUCCUGUUUAGGGAGAGCACCUCAAAGGCAGGGGCUCUGAGGCUCCAGUAAACUCAGUAGUCGAGGACUUAGGAUAUACAGGAAAGGGAGUUGAUGUUGGGUUAUGGCUGGGGUGGGGGAGUUGUUUGUGAACAAGAUGGGGACCGUUGGCAAAGUUUUGCCUGGUGACUAGAAUUCAAGCUUUGACUGGGAAAGAGUUAAUAACUUCCCAAGACUGCUAUUAUUUGCAUAUUACCAAACUCUGGCCUUUAUACUCAUUCUGAACACCCACAGAUUUGUAUAUCUGUAUCCAUGCCUACGCAUUUCUAUUAUCUUUUUAAAACCACUUCAGCAUGCCUGUUAUAUUGGUUGCACCACAGUUUUACAUAACGCUGGACACAAAUUUAAAAUGAAAUGGCAGAACACAAGCAGCAACGGUUUAGACAAGGCUAUUUAUAAUUCUACAGUUCAGUCAUUUAUUGUCUUCACUAGAAGGUCAUGGAUUAUUUUAUACAGUUAUAAAUGCAAAGAGCUCUUCCAAGGAGAAUGAAAUCACAUGUUGAACUCUUCUGAGCAAAGGUGCAAUGUAAUUGCAAAGUGGAACAUAAUUAUCACUGGGCAGAGAACAGUCUUAGGAAUCUUCCUUAUUGGCAGACCUUAAGCUACGAUGGUCUUAUUCCAGACUGGGAAUGUAAAACAGAGAAGGAGGUGAAGAGAGACAGAGAUGCAACAUUCCACCAAGAAAGGACUCUUCCCUUGAAAGUGCUGGAUUUUCACUCCAGGAAGGGGAAUAGGGUUUAUGGCCGAUCUCCUUGGCAAUCAUUCUCUCUGUGAGUUCUUCAUUUUGAAUGGGGGUGGUGGUAUGUCCAGCUAGAGGGAGGAAUCAUGAUUGUCUAAACUAGUCGUGGCCAUCCCAGUCUUUGCUAGAUACUUGAGUAAUAUCUUUCCCAGUUUGUUCUGGCCAGUGAGAUGUAAGAGAAAGUCUGCUGAGUUCUUGUGAGAACUGCUUUAUUUCAUAAUUAAAGAGAACAACUAACAGAAUACUUCCUUCCCUUCCUGUUUGGGUGAGGAUGCUGCGGGAGCCACCCUGCAUCUAUGAAGGAGAAGUGAAGGGAAUCUGAGAGACAACAGCCCAGACCCCCAUCACAGAGCUGCACGUGACCCUGGAACUUAAGUUUCCAGUUGUUCCCUAUAUAUAUAUAUAUAUCCAGUUGCAACCAAUAUAACAGGCAUGCUGAAGUGGUUUUAAAAAGAUAAUAGAAAUGCGUAGGCAUGGAUACAGAUAUACAGCUACCAUUGUCUUUAUGGUGCCUUUUCCCCCAUCAGGGAGGAAGGUGCCCUGCUUCAAGUCUUUCCAGUUACACUGCAGUUUAACAGAGAAAAUUGCCUUAUGAACAGCCAAAAGUCAGUACAACUUAAAUAUGGCAGUUUAUCUCAGGACAUCUCCCAGCACACGUCCUCCUGAGAGCAAGUUGCUCUCAAAACCAAGGCAAUGGGAAAAUGGUCAGAAACAUGACUUCUAUAUUUUCUAGUUCAUACACUGAAGACACCAUUCAUUCAUUCAUUCAUUCAUUCAUUUGGAAAGUCAGCCAGUGAACAAACAUUUAUUAAGGACCUUGCCAGUCCCAGGUGCCACUAUGUGCUGGGUACUCGAGUCACAAGCUAGAGUCCCUGUCCUCCUGGAGACAGACAUGAAACAAACAUUCUACCAGAAAGUAAUGAUAGUUGAGAUCAGUGCCCUGAGAGCAAGUAACUGCAAGAUAGGGGUGGGGACAGUGGCAGUGAUCAGAGACGGCUUCUCCAAGGGAGGAACAUGUAAACUGAAGAAACCAUCUAGUCUAGUUUACUUCAGGAUUAUUCAGAAUUCUGCAGAUGAGAAAUGAGAACAGUAGGGAUACAGAGAGGGAGACACGAAGAAAUGUAGGAGGAGAAAUGAUGGAACUUGGUGAUUAAUCAAUGUGGAAGUGAGAGAGUGGGUAGACUCAAGGAUGUCUCCCAGGCUUGGGCCACUAGGUGGAUGGAGACACAUUCAUUAGCAUGGUCAAUUACAAAAAUGGGCCCCAUUCUCCACCACUCUCUGCUUCCUUGCCCUUUUCACAUGUGACUCUUCUGCUGUUUCCACAAAGGGGUGGAGUGCAUUUCCCUAUUCCUUGAAUUUGGGCUGGCCCCAUGACUUUAUUUGACCAACAGAAUGCAGCAGGAAGGGAUGGGUUCGACCUCAAGGCCUGGGUCUCAAGAGGCCUUGUCCAUUUCCACCCACUCUCUCGGAACUCUGCUCAGCUACCAUGAGGGUAGGCCCUGGCCAACCUGCUGACAAGAGACACGUAACUCAGUCACUACCCUCCCUCAUGACGCCAACAGCUGCCAGACAUGAGUAAGGCUAUCCAAGGGCAGCCAGCCCCCACCUCCAGAACCUGGAAGCUCCCUGCAGAUGCACCAAAGGGCUCAACAACUGUCUAGUGACUCCGGCUGGCUGCUGCGGGGUGAGGAGACUCGCAGAGUGCCUGACUAGAGGCCGCCCGCGCGCUCUGGAUGGUGGCCGUAUCUUCAGGUUCUGGGCCCCGGAGCCGCAGUCCUGCAGCAGAGCGCCUGGAGCCGCAAGCAGCGAGCAGCCCGGCGAACCGCACAGCCUCGGCGAUAGUCAGCUCCGCGGCCUCUGCUCCCGCCCCUCCCGUCAGCUCCGGGAAGGGGCGGAGACGAGGAGGAGCUGGGGCGGCCGCCGCGCUCCCGGGCGCACCAAGCCCUUUAAAAGCCGCGGGUCUUGACAGCUGUGCUGGCAGCCGCCGCGGUCCCGGACUCCUAGUCCCGCUCUCCCAGCUGGCGAUCCGGCUCCGGGUGCGGCGAGGCCCAGUCUGCUCGGCUUGCGCGCCGGACCGCGGGACGCGCUCCAUGCGGCCGCUCAGCAUGUCGGGGCACUUUCUGCUCUCACCCAUCCCCGAGUCCUCCUCGGACUACCUCCUGCCCAAGGACAUCAAACUGGCGGUGCUGGGCGCCGGCCGCGUGGGCAAGAGUGGUGAGUGCGGCGGGGACCCCGGGGCGGCUUCGCUCCCCGGCUCCGGCCGCGACCACUGGGGGCGCUGCGGACGGAGAAAGGGAGCUUCGGCCGAAGCAGAGGGCCGGGGGGCAGCAAUGAUCGUCCGCUUCCUGACCAAGAGAUUCAUUGGCGACUAUGAACCGAAUACAGGCAAGCUGUAUUCACGUCUGGUCUACGUUGAGGGGGACCAGCUCUCCCUGCAGAUCCAGGAUACUCCCGGGGGCGUCCAGAUCCAAGACAGUCUCCCCCAGGUCGUCGAUUCCCUGUCCAAAUGCGUGCAGUGGGCCGAGGGCUUUUUACUGGUCUAUUCCAUCACAGACUACGACAGCUACCUGUCCAUCCGACCCCUUUAUCAGCACAUCCGGAAGGUCCACCCUGACUCUAAAGCCCCUGUCAUCAUUGUGGGCAACAAGGGGGACCUUUUGCAUGCCCGGCAGGUGCAGACACAGGACGGUAUUCAGCUAGCCAAUGAGCUGGGCAGCCUGUUCCUUGAAAUUUCCACUAGCGAAAACUAUGAAGAUGUCUGUGAUGUGUUUCAGCAUCUCUGCAAAGAAGUAAGCAAGAUGCACGGCCUCAGUGGGGAAAGAAGAAGAGCCUCCAUCAUCCCUCGGCCCCGCUCUCCCAACAUGCAGGACCUGAAGAGACGCUUCAAGCAGGCUCUGUCUCCCAAAGUCAAAGCCCCCACUGCACUGGGGUGAACUAUCUCAGACAGAUGCCUCUCCUUUUUAAUAUGCAUUUGUGCAGCUAAAAGACUGGGCUUCUUCCUUUUUAAUCACACAUUCAGAGUUUAUUUUUAUAAAAAGAUUGAUUUUCAAGUACAUGUGUAUUUCUGAAAAUUCAGUGAUUGCCUAGAAGCUGGAUAAAAUUUUGUUUUGGUAAAAGAACUUUUUUUUUUUUUUUUUUUUUUUUUUUUUACUGUAACCACUGGCCACUUUUCCAUUAAAGGCAAAAUGGCAACAUUGCUCAUUGUUUUCUCAAUGUCUUUUUAUAGAAAUUGUGCUUGCAGCAGCUGCCAGAACUGUCUAUGCUUGCCCUCGGUCUGAACUCUGAUUGGUGUCUCGCAGUGGGGAGGAGUUCGUGUAGAGAGAGUCUGUUGUGGGAGAAAGGAAAGUAUGUGGAGGAGGAGAGGGAUUUGAAUAACUGCAGGAUGUCUUUAAAUGGGACACUGCCACCAGUCAUGAAAUUGACACUGUGUGAUUUUCACGGGAAGGGGUACAGUGUGAGCUGAUGCUAAAACGUUACAAGUCAUGAGUAACAUUUAUUGGUGCAAAUACAAGUUUAUACUCUACGCAUAUUACAAAACAAAAACCCCUUUUAUAGUAUUCCUUAUGUCAGUAAGUGGGCCCUACCACCCAAAAGUUACCUCAAAAUUCUCCUUCCCUUCCAAUAGGGCACCAGAUCUGUCCAUCCUCACUCCUGUUUUUCUCUAAAGCCUCACUCUCCCUUAAUCUAGCCCUCCCUUUGACUGGCAGGCAAGACUCAUGUUUCUUGGCUUCUAGAAUGGCAUCUUCUAUUUGUCUCUUCACAUCAGAACAACCCUACUAAAACUAACCCUAAUCAUUUUACUUCUAUAAAAAACUCAACUGGUUUCCCCUUAUCUACUGGUUAAGAUAGACAGGAGACAUGGCAUCAAGAUUAUUUACCACCUCUCCAGGCUUAUCAACCCCUCCUUCCAACACACACACCCCAACA